CAGCUCUUUUCCAGCAUGGCAGCGCUCUGGCUCCAGACCUUCUCCCUGCUCGUCUUAAUGAUGGUUUCGUGGCCGGGCUCCCAGGCCGUCGGUGGGCCACAGCACCUGUGCGGCUCUCACCUGGUGGACGCCCUGUAUCUGGUCUGUGGGGACAGAGGCUUCUUCUACAACCCCAGGAGAGAUGUGGACCCUCUGCUUGGUUUCCUCCCUCCAAAGGCAGGUGGCGCUGUGGUGCAAGGUGGCGAGAAUGAAGUGACCUUCAAAGACCAGAUGGAAAUGAUGGUGAAGCGAGGCAUUGUGGAGGAAUGCUGCCACAAACCCUGUACCAUCUUCGACCUGCAGAACUACUGCAACUGA